AUGACAAAAAUCACAGACACAAAUAUUGACAAUUGGUUACCGGAAUACAUAAACGCAGUUUUUCCAUCAGUAAACUUGGUAAGUGUACCAGGAGAAUGGAAACCACCAGGUCCAAAUGAUCAGAGAUCUCCUUGUCCAGCGUUGAAUGUGUUAGCGAAUCAUGGAUACAUACCACGUGAUGGUAACAACGUGACUGUUCAACAAAUACGAGAUGCGUUGGAUGAACACUUAGGCGUGUCUAGUUGGUUUGGAAGUCUUAUGGCCAGAGUUGUUAUGCACAAAUUUGGAAAUAAUGGACAAUUAUCGUUAGCGGAUCUCUUUGAACACAACAUCAUUGAACACGACGCUUCAUUAACAAGAAACGACAAAUACUUUUCAACUGAUGCAAACCCAUCAACGCAACUGAACCAAACAUUAAUCACACAACUUCUCUCGUUUGCAUCACCUGAAACCAACAGGCUGAACGUUGAUUCACUAGCAAAAGCACGAAAUCUCCGGUACGAUCAAUCAAAAACUGCUAAUCCCGAAUUCGUAUUCGAAUCGGACCAGCAUUCAAACGCUUUUGGCGAAGCGUCUCUAUUGUUGAAUGUAAUAGGGGCUGAUGAGAGAGAAGUGGAAGUUGAUGUGGCCAAUGUUUUCUUGAGAGAAGCAAAAAUUCCUGACAAUUGGAAACCAGGAAAAGAUAAAGUUACUAUGUGGAUGGCUUAUAGAUUGCGAGGUCGUAUUUCUUCAAGAGCCAAUGAUAUGAAGUGA